AUGGCCAGCGUCUCCUACCACAUCUCCAGCCUGCUGGAGAAGAUGACCUCCACGGACAAGGACUUCAGGUUUAUGGCCACCAACGACCUGAUGAUGGAACUGCAGAAAGAUUCGAUAAAACUAGAUGAAGACAGCGAGAAAAAAGUUGUGAAAAUGCUUUUGAAACUGCUGGAGGACAAAAAUGGGGAAGUACAGAACCUCGCUGUCAAGUGUCUGGGCCCACUGGUUGGCAAAGUGAAGGAGUACCAGGUGGAAACCAUUGUGGAUACGCUGUGUACAAACAUGUUAUCUGACAAGGAACAGCUGCGGGACAUCUCUAGCAUUGGACUGAAAACAGUCAUCUCGGAGCUGCCACCAGCUUCUACAGGCUCCACUAUGACAGCAAAUGUGUGCAAAAAGAUCACAGCCCAGCUGACAGGAGCCAUUGGCAAGCAGGAGGAUGUAUCUGUGCAGCUGGAGGCCCUUGAUAUCCUGUCAGAUAUGCUGAGCAGACUAGGGGGAACACUCUACUCUUUCCAUUCCUCCAUUCUGAACUGCCUCCUUCCCCAGCUGACAAGCCCCAGGCUGGCAGUACGUAAAAGGGCCAUCAUUGCCUUGGGUCAUCUUGUCUUGACCUGCAGCGGAAACAUCUUCUCAGAGCUCACAGAACAUCUGCUUGCCGAGCUGAAGAGGAAUGAGUCUACUUCUACUACCAGGACGUAUAUUCAGUGUGUCGCUGGCAUCAGUAGGCAGGCUGGACACCGCAUAGGAGAACAUCUGGAGAAGAUAAUUCCCCUGAUUGUUCAGUACUGUAACGUGGAAGAUGAUGAGCUGAGAGAGUACUGCUUUCAGGCCUUUGAGUCUUUUGUGAGAAGGUGCCCAAAGGAAAUUGACCCUCACAUCCCUAGUGUGAUGGGGUUAUGUUUGAGGUACAUCACCUUUGACCCAAACUACAACUAUGAUAAUGAGGAGGAGGAAGAGGAAGAGAUGAUGGAAACUGAAAAUGGGGAGGAUGAAGAGCAAGAAAGCGAUGAUGAGUACAGCGACGAUGAUGACAUCAGCUGGAAGGUCCGCAGGUCUGCAGCGAAGUGCCUGGAGGCCAUUGUCAGCAGUAGGCAUGAUCUCCUUCAGGACUUCUACAAAACUCUUUCCCCAGUCUUGAUAAGCAGAUUCAAAGAGAGGGAGGAGAAUGUCAAAGCUGACAUCUUCAGCACUUAUAUCUCCUUGCUGAAGCAAACACUGCCCAUCCAGAGCUGGCUGCAUGCUUCAGAUGCCUCUGGCAAAGAUGACAUUCCCCUGACAAUGCUUCAGAACCAGGUGCCCAACAUCGUCAGGGCCUUGCACAAGCAGCUCAAAGAAAAGAGCAUCAAAUCAAGACAGGGUUGUUUCAGCCUCCUGACAGAACUGGCCAAUGUUCUUCCCGGUUGCCUGGCAGAUCACAUCCCUGCACUAGUCCCUGGUAUUGUUUUCUCCUUGGCUGAUAAAUCCAGCUCCUCCAACAUGAGGAUAGAUACGCUGUCUUUCCUUCAUGUUCUUCUUUGCAACCACCAGCCAGAGGUAUUUCAUCCUCAUAUCAAAAGCCUGCUACCUCCUGUUGUGACCUGUAUCGGAGACCCCUUUUAUAAGAUCACUUCAGAAGCUCUGCUGGUUACUCAGCAACUUGUCAAAGUUAUCAGACCUUUGGACAAAUCUUGCACUUUUGAUGCCAAGCCCUAUGUGAAGGACCUUUUCCAUGGUACUCUGAAGCGACUGAAAGCAGCUGACAUUGACCAGGAGGUGAAAGAGCAUGCUAUCUCCUGCAUGGGACAAAUAAUUUACAGUCUGGGAGACCAUUUAAGCACUGAUCUCCAGCCAACCUUGAAGAUAUUUCUAGAGAGGCUCAAAAAUGAAAUCACCAGAUUGACAACAGUCAAAGCAUUAACCUUAAUUGCUAGUUCUCCACUUAAAAUAGAUUUGAGACCCAUUCUAGGGGAAGGUUUCCCCAUUCUAGCUUCCUUCUUGAGAAAGAAUCAACGUGCCUUGAAACUGAGCACUCUGACUGCUCUGGACAUCCUGGUGAAGAACUACAGUGACAGCCUCAAGCCUGCCAUGAUAGAGUCUGUCCUAACAGAGCUCCCUGCUUUAAUUACUGAGAAUGACAUGCACGUUUCCCAGGUGGCUAUCGUGUUCCUUACUACAUUAGCUAAGGUUUAUCCAUCCUGCAUCUCUAAGAUCAGCAGUUCAGUUCUUUCUGAAAUCUUCCAGCUUGUCCACUCACCUUUGCUCCAAGGAGGGGCCCUGAACGCUAUCAUAGACUUCUUCCAGGCUCUGGUUCUGACGAAGACGGCCACCAUGGGUUAUUCAGAGCUGAUGAAGCAGCUGACUGCACCUAUUUACUCCUCAGGAUCAGCCGGGGCAUCAGUGACGUUACACAAACAGGCAUAUUACUCUGUCGCAAAGUGCGUGGCAGCCCUUUCCUCAGCCUGCCCAAAGGAAGCCCCUGCGAUAGUGAACCAGUUUAUCCAGGAUGUAAAAAACCCCAAGUCCAGCUCUGCUGUUAAAGUGCUAGCUUUCCUUUCACUGGCAGAGAUGGGACGCACCAUGAACCUCAGUGCUCAGAGAGAGCUCAAAACCGUCAUCCUGGAAGCAUUCACUUCGCCCAGCGAAGAGGUGAAAUCCGCUGCUUCCUAUGCAUUGGGGAACAUCAGUGUUGGGAAUCUUAAGGAGUAUCUUCCCUUCAUGCUGAAAGAGAUUGGAAGCCAGCCCAAGAGACAGUACCUCCUGCUGCACUCUCUAAAAGAAGUCAUCAGCUCCUCCCCGGCCGAUGGCCUCAAACCUUACGUGGAGGAUAUUUGGGCUCUGCUUUUCAAGCACUGUGAGUGCACAGAGGAAGGGACGCGCAAUGUGGUGGCUGAAUGCCUGGGGAAGCUGACUUUGGUGAAUCCCUCUGAGCUGCUGCCCCGCUUGAAAAAACAGCUGUCAUCAGGCUCUCCACAUGCCCGGAGCACGGUGGUAACUGCAAUCAAAUUCACAAUUGCAGACCAGCCUCAGCCUAUUGAUGCUCUCCUGAAGGGCUGCAUAGGUGACUUCUUAAAAACUCUUCAGGAUCCAGACCUGAAUGUUCGACGUGUGGCUUUAGCCAUGUUUAAUUCUGCUGCUCACAACAAACCUUCUUUAAUCCGAGAUUUACUAAAUGCAGUUCUCCCCAGCCUGUAUAACGAAACGAAGGUCAGAAGGGAACUCAUCCGGGAGGUAGAAAUGGGGCCAUUCAAGCACACAGUGGAUGAUGGCCUUGAUGUGAGGAAAGCUGCUUUUGAAUGCAUGUAUACACUGCUGGAAAGCUGCCUUGACCGACUGGAUAUCUAUGAGUACCUGAACCAUGUGGAGGAUGGACUGAAGGAUCACUAUGACAUUCGGAUGCUGACUUUCAUAAUGUUGGCUCGACUGUCCACACUCUGUCCCAACGCCGUGCUGCAGCGGCUCGAGCGACUGAUUGAGCCACUCCGAGCAACUUGCUCCACAAAGGUAAAAGCUGGUUCUGUGAAACAGGAGUUUGAGAAGCAGGAUGAACUGAAGCGAUCCGCCAUGAGAGCAGUAGCUGCUCUCCUGACCAUCCCUGAAGUAGAGAAAAGUCCAGCGAUGGCUGAGUUUUCAUCUCAGAUCAGGUCCAAUCCUGAAAUGGCGUCACUUUUUGAGAGCAUUCAGAAAGAUUCUGCUUCCCUACCCACCUCGGAGUCGAUGGACAUGAGCUAAGUAAGAUCCGCUUGUUUACUCCACCACGUUCCUGCCCUCGCAAUGCAUUCACCGCAUGGAGACGCCACAGACAGGCCAAGGAAGAGCUGGGCUCUACUGCAACAGCCAUGUGCAAGUCACUGGGUGCCAACAGGAGAAAGUGGCUGGUUCCAGCUGGACUUGCCAUCUGACACCUCGCUGAACUGUAACAAGACAUGCGAGAUAAGGGAAAUGCCUCCUUAUGGAGGGGAGGGGUUGGAAGAUGAGUAUUCUAAUUUUCCAGCAAGUUUUAAGGGGCGUACAAAGCAAUCGAAAUUGAAUGUGGUUCCAUGAAAAAUGGAGCCUACUUCCUGAAAUACUUCCUUACUGCAGUACAAAGAAAAAUAGUUUAAAAUGUUUUAGCCACUGCACAUGCACUUUCUACCCCAAAUUGCCUGAAGAAUGUAUUUAUAUUGUUUCACUAAAUAACAUGGCUAAAAACUGAAGUCACAUCUUUAAUUAGUGAUGAGCGUAACUCUAGGCCCCGUUUCAAAGAGGAGACUUGCAUUAGCCAAGCUGCAGGAGCUGCAUGGGGGUAGUUUGUUACCCAGACUCCCCAGGCUUUCCACCCACGGCUCAAUUCACAGAACAGGCACCAGUAGUUUAGUGUUUCUGUGGUGUUUUUGCAAUAUGAAGCUAUCCUGCUUGACUUCCAUUUUUAUGGCUUUGACUGCAAAAUACUCAACCAGCUGUCUUCUAAGAGAGGUGAUUACUCGAUUUGCAUUACCACAACAAACCUUACACUAAGCUUUUCUUUGCAUUUAACACGGGCUUAUCUUUCCCACUUCGAGCAGCUCGGUGCUUGUGUCGAGCGACCAGCCCCAAAGGCAUUGGUCUACGCUGAACUCUGGUCACGCAACAGCAGCAGGCAACUGCAGGAAAGCUGGUAUUCAGUAUGUUGGUGUCACAGAAGUGAGGGAUGACAGGCACCAGCCAGAGGUGCAAGCACACAAGCAGCCCACACAAACCCUUCUCUCAUUUGAAAACUUACUCUGUUGUGUUCAAAUCCUGCUUUGCAGAGGGGAAAAAAAGCCUUAAGAGACAGAGAGGAUCUAACAGCAAAUUAGAGAACAAGGCCACCAUGACACACUUCUUGUAGGCACGGAGCUGUAGUAAGCUUUCAUUUCUCCUUUUUUGACAGUGGUUGAUGUGAAAAAUAUUUAUAGUGCUGUGUGAAAGAACAUCCAUUCUGUUUGAGUGGUGUAAAAAAUAAAAACAUACU